GCGAUAAUGACUAGCAAGUUAAGUGGCUAGAGUCGUCCGCCAUAUUGUUUAAAGGCCAGCUGGAUAUGGACUAGCAUCUGAGGACUAAAAUGUCCAAAAAACAUUUAAGCGUGAAAAGUGACAGGGAUUGGCAGGCGUUGUGUAGCGAGUUCAAUGUAUGUAAAAGACGGCUCCGUAGCAAAGAGGAGGGACUUUUGAUAUUAUCCAAAGAGCUUGACACGAUCAGGAAAGAAAGAGAUGAAUACAAACUCAUGGCGGAACAGUUGCGUGAGAAGUACCAUGGACAGAAAAGAAAAUAUGAAGAAAGAGAACGGGCACUCGGUCUAUGGUCUCCAGACAACGAUCACGUAGCUGAGAGAAGAAGCCAGAGCUUAGCACAGUUGCUGUGUGAAGCAAGAGCUCAAAACAAGAAAUUACAGUUUGAAGCUGAAGAACUGAGACAAAAAAUGUCUGAAGCUCACGGUGAUAUCAAGCUCCUACGAGAAAGUAUAGCGAGGCAGAGAGUUGGCGACGAGGGUGUGGGAGCAAGGCAUUUUCCAGCACAUGAAAGAGAAGAACUUGUGAAACAAAUAGAGGAACUCAGAGAACAGGCUACAAUACUAGAGAGAGAUCUUCUAGGCAAGGUAGACGAUGAGCAGGAGAUAUUGACAGAAAAAGAAUAUUACAGACUUAGAGCUGAGCGUAUUAAUCAGGAGUUGAAUUAUAUUCUUGGUGGUGACGAGAAAAGAAUUGUGGACAUUGAUGCUUUGGUCAUGGAAAACCA